AUGACUAUCUAUCUUGCCUGGUGGUUGUUAGUGCUGAUCUUGAGGAAUGUCUUGAAAGACACUGUUGGCCAAACACCCCCUCCAGGGUUUAGAUAUGCUUCUUAUGAGGUGAUCAUCCCAAAGAGACAGACCCCCAGGUAUGGGCACAAAGAAGCUCAGGAUGUGAACUACCUGCUGAAGAUUGAAGGGAAGAGCCACCUAGUGCAUCUCAGGCAGAAGAGAGCUUUUGUUCUCAAACACUUCCCUGUUUUCACUUACAGCAAGGAGGGGAAUCUCCAGGUGGACUAUCCUUUUAUCAGGGAUGACUGUUUCUACCGUGGUUUUGUACAGGGCAGGCCUCACUCUUUGGCAGCAAUAAGCACUUGCUCAGGAGGUCUCAGAGGUAUUUUGCGGGUAGAAAAUAAGACCUAUGAAAUUGAACCUGUCGAGGCAUCUACUACCUUUCAACAUGUGGUAUAUCAAUGGGAGGAAGAGGAAGGGGCCAUUCGCAUGAGAUGUGGGCUGACACAAGAAGAGCAAAGUCGACAAAUGGCCAUGAUCCAAAACACAGGGAAUGUAGCAUCUGAAAGAGCACAAGACAGACCCUGGUGGACACACACAAUGUACGCAAAUCUUGUCAUAGUGGUGGAACAUGAGCGCUAUGUUCAGUUCAGCAGAAAUGAAACUGUUGUUGCUUUGAAUAUGCUGGAUGUCAUCCAUCUUACAAAUACACUGUAUGUUCCACUUGGUAUUCAGGUAAUCCUUGUUGGAUUGGAAAUAUGGUCUGAAAGGAAUCUCAUAGAUAUUUCUAAUACCAUGGGUGCUCUCCUUGACCAUUUUAAUAAUUGGAGAAAAAAUACACUUAAUACGCGUCUACCACAUGAUGCAGGCCAUCUUCUUGUAUAUAAACAUUUUGGAAGAACACUCGGAUUAGCAUUUACUGGAACAAUGUGUUGGAAAGACUGGGCAAGUGCUGUUGAUUCAUAUACUAGUUCCAGUUUGUUCUUCUUUACUAACACAUUUGCCCAUGAACAAGGGCAUAUUUUAGGCAUGAACCAUGAUGGAGUGUUCUGUAAAUGUGAACAAAGAGACUGCAUUAUGGCUGCCCAUCACACAAACAGUGAUCAGUUCAGCAACUGCAGUUAUAAUGAAUAUUAUACGCUAAUGAAAUCUGGCGAAGCACAGUGCUUGUGGACUGCUGGAGAUCCUGAUAAACACUAUAACCUUGCAUACUGUGGGAACAGAGUAGUGGAGAGUGGAGAGCAAUGUGACUGCGGUUCAAAAUUAAGUUGUGAAUCAGAUCCCUGUUGCCAGUCUGAUUGCAGGUUGCGUUCCGGUGUCACUUGUGCUUUUGGAGAGUGCUGCUCCAAAUGCCAGUAUCUUCCAGCUGGAACUAUUUGCAGGGGAAGUAAUAGCGUUUGCGACCUUCCAGAGUACUGCAAUGGGACUUCAGAGUGGUGUCCUGAAGAUGUUUACGUGCAAGAUGGUGCUCCAUGUCAGGGUGGUGCAUACUGUUUUCAUGGGAACUGCUCAACUCACAAUAAACAAUGCAAAAUGAUCUUUGGUUCAAAGGCAACAGUUGCUUCAGAGGGCUGCUUCAGAGAAUUAAAUGCUCAAGGUGACCGCUUUGGAAACUGUGGCAUUAAUGGUGAUACUUAUAUCAAAUGUAAUGCUAAGAAUAUCCUGUGUGGCCGACUCCAGUGUGAAAACAUUGCUCAGUUACCUGCUUUGGAAGAACAUAGCACCAUCAUUCAAACACGCAUUAAUAACCAUCUGUGCUGGGGUACAGACUACCAUCAUGGAACAGGAAUACCUGAUAUUGGUGCCGUGAGCGGUGGCACUCCUUGCGACAAAGAUAUGAUGUGUAUUAAUAGGGAAUGCACCAAUGUGUCCCUCUUGAAAUAUGAUUGUAAUGUGACGAAGUGCCUAAAUAGAGGAAUAUGUAACAGCCGCAAUAAUUGUCACUGUAGUUAUGGCUGGGCCCCUCCAUAUUGUCUCACUGAAGGCUAUGGUGGCAGCAUUGACAGUGGACCCCCUCCACCACACCAAGUCAGUGCAAUAUUUAUUAUAGGACUCCUGAUAUCCCUUGCUGUUUUUGUUAUUGCUGGCCUUGGUAUAUAUUACAGCACCAACCUGAUGCAGUGGUGUAGAACAUUUUUGACACAAUCCCAUCAACAAAAUUAA